AUGUGGGGCGCAGGGGCGCCACCAUCCCUGCAGGUCAUCGUGAAGGUCCUGAAACACGCCGCGGUCAAAGGACAGAUCCAGCUGAACCGCUGGCUCCAGAGAUCCUCCCUGGACGAGGGCGAUAAAGCAGACAUCUUGAUAUGCAACGCCUUUGAGGAGAGAGGAGGCGCCAUCGACGAAGACCCGGAGAGCAUCGUUGACACUAGAGUGUCAUUCACCGGUGGCGCCACCAACGAGGAGUUCAGACACCAGUGUUGUAUUACAACGUGCUGCUUCAAGAGCACCCUCCUGGCAUGCAUUAUGACAGCUGUCUGCUUCUCCUCCGUGGCUCUAGUCAGACAGCACCUCAAGGACCUUCUGCUCUGGGUGGAGAGCUUGGACAGCCUGGUUGGAGCCAUGCUGUUCAUAGUUGGUCUGAUCAUUGUGUCCUUCCCGUUCGGCUGGGGUUACAUGGUGCUGAACGUGGCUGCGGGGUACCUCUAUGGCUUUGUGCUGGGUAUGGGACUGGUGAUGGUCGGGGUGCUCAUUGGGACCUUCGUGGCUCACCUGGUGUGUAAGAGACUGUUGACGGACUGGGUGGUCAACAAGGUGGGGAACUCUGAGCAGCUCAGUGCUGUGAUUCGGGUGGUGGAGGGGGGGAGUGGACUCAAGGUGGUGGCCUUAGCGAGACUCACGCCCAUACCGUUUGGACUCCAGAAUGCAGUGUUUUCAGUGAGUUGA